AUGUCUCCACCGCCCGUCUCCCUGGCAGGCUCCGAGAUGAUCGAGACCCAGGAGGACAUUUACGUGGGCUCCAUCGAGACAGACCGGGGGGUNNNNGAGCAGGUGCGCUUCUACGACACGCGGGGCCUGCGGGACGGCCUGGAGCUUCCCAAGCACUGCUUCUCCUGCACGGACGGCUACGUGCUGGUCUAUAGCACGGACAGCAAGGAGUCCUUCAAGCGGGUGGAGCUCCUCAAGAAGGAGAUUGACAAGUCCAAGGACAAGAAAGAGGUCACCAUCGUGGUUUUGGGCAACAAGAGUGACCUGCAGGAGCAGCGCCGGGUGGACCACGACGCAGCCCAGCACUGGGCCAAGGGCGAGAAGGUGAAGCUGUGGGAGGUGUCGGUGGCUGACCGGCACACGCUGAUCGAGCCGUUCAUCUACUUGGCCAGUAAGAUGACGCAGCCGCAGAGCAAGUCUGCUUUUCCCCUGAGUCGCAAGAACAAGGGCAGCGGAUCCAUGGAUGGCUGA